ACUCGGCCUCCGCCUGACGCCGACGCCUCGCCGCGCCGCGCCCCCGCGACGCGUGAAACCGGCCCAAAGUCGCCGGAGACUCGAGAGCCACACAGACGCGCCGCGCGCCCCGUAAUACAGACUAGAGAUGGGCUCGAAGCAGCAGGUCCCCGACGGCAUGCUCAUCGGCCCGAAGAAUCCUAUAAUAGAGGAAGCCUUGGGCGACCGGCUCGUAGGCGGCAAGCGCGAGGCCGCGGAGUUAAGUGUGGCGGACUUCGACGGUAGUAGGUGGAAGCUCGUCUGCACGCCGGACCAACCGAACAUCGCCACGGUCCAUUUGGAUGUGGGCGGGUGGGCCGAGAUCGAAAAAGUAGGCGGGAGAGCCGUACUAGAAAGUCUGUACGCGGGCAUGGUCGUCGAGCCGGCUCCUACCUACAAGGUCGCGGUCUCGGUGGACUGCGACGCGUGCCAAGAGAAAGAAGCGACCCUCGAGAAGAUGAUUUUGCUCAAGCGCCACUUAGUGGGCGCUCCUUUCACGCAGAAGUUCGAAGCUCUGGCCCAAGGCGCAGCGCAACAGGGCCCGGUCGUUACGAUACCGUGGCGCGACUCGGGCGAGGCCGUUUACGUGCUGGCCCGUGUGGAAAGCAACCAGUGAGCGCGCCGUCGAGUGGCGAGGACCCGGCAUCGCCACGCCGUCGAGCAGGCGUCGCGUCGAUGGCGUAAAUUUGGAUGUCCACGCAGGUGCUGACGCAGAACGACCCCGCUCAACCUCAGAACUACGAUAGGGUCUGCGUCGUCUAUUCGGUGGACUUCCCCGACGAGACCGACCGGGCCAUGUGCCGCAUCUUGCUGCAGCAGUUCGCGGAGCAGCACCGCAAAAUAGGCGCCGCGCCGCCCGUCACGUUCUCGGAGGCGAAGAACCCGCCCCUGGAGAUUAGACCGCUGGUGGGAGCGAAGCAGGAGGGCUUCGUCGGCUACGUGUCGCUGACGGUCUUCGCGCGCCACGUUGACUCUACGGAAAAACUCGCCAAGAAGGUCGACCUGUGCCUCGCCUUCCGCCACUACCUGCACUACCACAUCAAGGCCGCCAAGACGAACCUCCACAUGCGCAUGCGCCGCAAGGUGCGCGGCUGGCUCCAGGUGCUGAACCGCGCGGCGCUCGCGUCCGAGGCGCCCAGGGAGAAGAAGACGAUCUCGGGGCGCACGUUUACCAGGAAGUAG